GUGAGUUACUCUGAGCCUUUGAGCUUGUGUGCGGGAGCCGCGGAAGGGCGCCGUCGGGGACGGAUCCGCACGGAAUGGAGUUUGGGGACGGGCCCCCACGGAAUGGAGCCAUGGAAGGGCGCCGUCGGCAGGAGGCGUCGCAGGCGACACCGUCCCGGGCGGAGCUAGGACUCGGCGUCGACGCCGUGGAGGCAGACGUCCUCCCCAAGCCGGCCGGCCAUGAGGUCCUUGGUGCCGCAGCCCGCGGCCCAGCCACCCCUAUCUCGACCAUGCGCCGCUCCGGCCGAGUUCGCCCUUGCCGUGCUGCCCGAGGGAGCCCGUGCGGUCAGCUCCAAGGGCGGUGCAGCCACCCCGGCCGGUCAUGGCUGGAGUUGCGCUCCCACGGGAGCCCGCGCAGCCGGCGCCAAGGGCGGCACGGUGCAGCUCCCACAUGAGCGGCGGUGGCGGAGCUCGCGGCUCUCCCACACGCGCCGCGGCGGCGUUGCUCGCUGCUCCAGCACAUGUGGCGGCGGCGGAGCUCGCAGCUCUUGCCUGCAUGCAGCGGCGGCGCUCGCGGCCCCCGCACGCACGCGGCAGCGUUGCUCGCGGCUCCUCCACACGCAGCGGCGGCGAAGCUCGUGGCCAUCCCUCAAGAGGGCCUUGGUGGCCGAGGCCACCUCCUCCAGCGCCGUGCACCUCAUCCUCAGAGUCACCAAAAGCUUCAGGCCUUCCAGCAACGGCGCCGUCGUCUACCGCGAGGGACGCCGUGCAGUAUCAGCUGCUCAUCCCCUACAGCGCAAGUACGGUGCGGAGGCCGGCCACGCGAGUACGGGGCUCCCAAAGUGGAGGCUGUCGAGGUGGAUGACAAGGUGCAGGGGGAGGUAGGUGCAGUGGAGGCCGUCAGAGAAGUUGGACCAGGCGAGCUGCAGGUGCAGGGCGGCGUCAGCCAUGGCGCGGCGCGGGAGCCCGGCGGCCGGCGCCAAGGGCGGCGCGGGAGUAGAGCUGCGAAUGGGUUGGGUUUAAAUGAGUUUAAUGGAUUCAGUGGAGUGUAUUUGGUGGGUUGGAAUGAAUUGUAUUAGAUAAUGAGUAGGAUUGAGCGGGUUCUAUGUUAACGAAGAUUGAGUGGGUUCGGAGUUGAUUGAAAUAGAUAUUUUGUAUAAAAUAGUAUGAUGUAUAUAAAUGUUGGUUCUGUAUUAAGAGUCAGACUCUGAAAA